AUGGGUGCAAACACAGAACUGGCUAGGUGGCCGCUGCGCUCGCUCGCUGGUCGCUGGCUGAACACAAACAACAAGCGGCCGGUCGAUCGAAGACUAACGGUAGCCAGCUUAAACAGGCCUCCGCUGGACUGGAAUGAAUAUCGUCAAACAAGGUUUUCAUCGCGACGCAUACGCAAGCGGGUGAUUUUCAAGCAUGGCGACUGCAAUGUGGUGCAAGGCAAUGUUGCCAAACGAAGGAGACGCUAUUUACAGGAUAUUUUCACCACGCUAGUCGACAUCCAGUGGCGCUGGACGCUGCUGGUGUUCGCGCUGAGCUUUAUCCUAUCGUGGCUGGGAUUCGGCACGAUCUGGUAUUUGAUCGGCUACAGCCACGGCGAUGUGACUGCCUAUGCCAAUGGAGAUACUCAGCACCAGCCGUGCGUUACCUUCAUCUACGGUUUCACGUCCGCAUUCCUGUUCUCGCUCGAAACCCAGCAUACCAUCGGCUACGGUAAUCGGUUCGUAACGGAGGAAUGCCCGGAGGCGGUCUUCAUACUGGCCCUGCAGAGCAUCACCGGUGUAUUUAUUCAAGCAUUUAUGGUAGGUAUCGUGUUCGCGAAGCUUUCGCGACCAAAAAAGCGAGCCCAAACGUUGCUCUUCUCGCGCAAUGCCGUCAUCUGCCACCGGGACGGGGUGCCCUGUCUGAUGUUCCGGGUAGGAGAUAUGCGCAAGAGUCAUAUCAUCGAGGCGCACGUGACGGCGCAGGUUAUUCGCAGGAAAGUCACGAAGGAGGGCGAAGUGCUGCCAUUUUUCCAGCAAAAUUUAGAGGUCAGCUGCGAUGGCGGAGACGAUCGGCUGAUGUUUAUCUGGCCAACGAUAGUCGUUCAUAAGAUCGACCGGGAAAGUCCACUGUACAGCUUGUCCGCUCAGGAUAUGCUGAGGGAACGAUUUGAAAUUGUUGUUAUGCUUGAGGGUGUGGUGGAGUCGACGGGAAUGACAACUCAGGCACGCAGCAGCUAUCUGCCAUCGGAAAUUCUCUGGGGCCAUCGAUUCGAAUCGGUCGUUACGUUCAAGCGAGACACCGGAGAAUAUGAGGUUGACUAUACAAUGUUCAACAAUACGUACGAGGUGGAUACGCCACUGUGCAGUGCUCGACAGCUGAAUGUCGUUAAAAAGGAACUCAACAAGCAGAAUGGCAUCGUGCCGUCCUCGUCCAGUGACGAAUCGGACACGUCGUCCUCUUCGGACAACGCAUCGGCUACCACGGCGGCACGGUUGGCCGGCAAGCAGCAGCCCGUGUCGCAGCAUAACGGUUUUUUGCAUUUCAAUCUGAACGCGACUGCCCAGAACCAUGCGGGUGUUACGUUUGCUAACGUAGGCGGUGGCGGUGGUGGUGGUGGUAGUGAAGCUCUGGGUGGUGUCAGCGUUAUGGCCGUCUCCGAGGGUUCGCCGUCAACGGCUCAGAGGCAGCGUAGUGCCCGCAUGCUUUCCAUCAAGGAACCAUCACUGGAUUCGUUGUGCUGA